AUGGAGGUGUGCUGCUGCUCCACCUCGUCGUCGUCCGUCCUCGCGGGGGGCCACCGGCGGCGCCACCCGGAGGCUCGCGGCACCGGCGGGACGGCCCCGCGGCGGGGCCGGGCGCGCAGGGCAGUCGUCGUCAGGGCGGUGUUCGAGCGGUUCACGGAGCGGGCCGUCAAGGCGGUGGUGCUGUCGCAGCGGGAGGCCCGGGGGCUCGGGGAGCCCGCCGUGGCGCCGCGCCACCUCUUCCUCGGCCUCGUCGCGGAGGACCGCUCCUCGGGCGGCUUCCUCUCGUCGGGGAUCAACAUCGAGCGCGCGCGGGAGGCGUGCCGCGGCAUCGCUGCCGCCAGGGACGACGCGGACUCGGCCGCCGCGCCGUCGUCGUCCAGGCCCGGAUCGGGGCUCGACACGGACGUGCCCUUCUCCGCGACCGCAAAGCAGGUGUUCGACGUGGCCGUCGUGCUGUCCAAGAACAUGGGCGCCAGCUUCAUCUCGCCUGAGCACCUCGCCAUCGCGCUCUUCACCCUCGACGAUCCAACCACCAACAACCUCCUAAGGAGAUCCACUGCAAUCGAUGACAUUGACUUAUUGAUCACAUUACCGCCUAUAGUAAAUGUAGUAUACCAUGAUGGUGUGAUCGAUAAGGGUGCACUGGAUCAAUUUUGUUUGGAUUUGACCACACAAGCUAGUGGAGGUUUCAUUGAUCCUAUUAUUGGCCGUGAAGACAAGAUUGAAAGAGUAGUUCAGAUAAUAUGCCGACGAACGAAGAACAACCCUAUUCUUUUGGGUGAGGCGGGUGUUGGCAAAACUGCAAUUGCUGAGGGGCUGGCUCUUCGAAUUGCAAAUGGAGAUGUCCCCAUUUACCUUGUGGCAAAGCGUAUAUUGUCACUGGACGUUGGUCUACUUAUUGCUGGUGCAAAGGAGAGGGGUGAACUGGAGUCUCGGGUUACUAAUAUAAUCCGUGAAGUCCGGGAAGCAGGCGAUGUUAUUCUUUUUAUCGAUGAGGUUCACAAUCUUAUUGGAUCUGGAACUGUUGGAAAGGGUAAGGGUUCUGGUCUUGACAUUGGCAACUUGCUGAAGCCCGCACUUGCUAGAGGUGAACUGCAGUGCAUUGCGGCUACAACUUUAGAUGAACACCGGAUGCAUUUUGAGAAGGAUAAGGCUUUGGCCCGCCGCUUCCAGCCAGUAUUAGUAGAUGAGCCUUGUCAGGAAGAUGCUGUGAAGAUAUUACUGGGUCUUCGUGAGAAAUAUGAAACUUACCAUAAAUGCAAAUUCACAUUGGAAGCCAUCAAUGCAGCAGUUUAUUUGUCAGCAGGAUACAUUCCUGACAGACAACUUCCUGAUAAGGCUAUUGAUCUGAUUGAUGAGGCUGGAAGUAGAGCUCGGAUGGAAUCAUUUAAUAGGAAGAAGGAAGGGCAGAGGCGAUAUGUCGCCUCAAGGUCGUCGACAAAUGAUGAGCCACAGAUCCUCUCUGGGCCCAUCACCACCGGGCGGGGAAGCUCCUUCUCACUCGGGAGCAAGUGGCUUGCCGUAACCAAGGUGUUAUCUAACAAGGCAAAAUAUUCUCCAAACGAGAAUGCUCAAGAAAGUGGUAGUGCUAACGUUGAAGCACCAAGUCGAGACAAUAUUGAGUCAACAUCUGCUUCGUCACUCUCAGCUGAUGAACCAGUUGUAGUUGGGACAGAGGAAAUUGCAAGAGUUGCCUCAUUAUGGUCUGGGAUACCAGUGCAGCAGUUGACUGCCGACGAUAGAAAACUUCUAGUAGGACUAGACGACGAGCUCAGAAAACGUGUCAUUGGCCAAGAUGAUGCUGUUGUGGCCAUAUCUCGUGCAGUGAAGAGAUCACGUGUUGGCCUUAAUGACCCUGACAGACCUAUUGCUACGCUGCUUUUUCUGUGGUCCAACAGGAGUUGGUUAGACAUGAGCGAGUAUAUGGAGAGGCACACUGUGAGCAAGCUCAUAGGCUCUCCUCCAGGGUACAUUGGGUAUGGUGAAACUGGUACUUUGACAGAAGCAGUCAGGAGGAAACCAUUUACCGUGGUAUUGCUGGAUGAGAUAGAGAAAGCUCACCCUGAUAUUUUCAACAUCCUUCUCCAAAUCUUUGAGGAUGGACAUUUGACAGACUCACAGGGCCGUAGGGUUUCCUUCAAAAAUACGUUGAUUGUCAUGACUUCGAAUGUUGGUUCGACAUCAAUUUCAAAGGGAAGACAGAGCAUGUGUUUCUUGAAGGAAGAUACCGAGUCAAGCUCAUAUUUCGCCAUGAAGUCCUUAGUAAUGGAAGAGCUCAAGGCAUUUUUCCGUCCAGAGUUGCUCAAUAGGAUUGACGAGAUGGUUGUGUUCCGUCCUCUGGAAAAGACUCAGGACCUGAUUUGCCAAGAAGGCUAUGACAAGAGCUAUGGCGCUCGGCCUCUGAGGAGAGCUGUCACCAAUAUUAUUGAGGAUGUCAUCAGCAAAGCGAUUCUUUUUGGCGAGUUCAAGCCUGGUGACACGAUACUGAUGGACAUCGAUGCGGAGGGGAAGCCAUGCAUGAACCAUCUGGACCAACAGAUCGUCCAGGUCUCUGACCCAACACGGACAUUCUGA